GUUAGUCGUGAGGAGAGGUAGGUUAUGCAUUUGUGACUGCAAUAUUGUUGUAUGUUUUGUGAAUGCAUACAUAGAAAAAUGUUAUGACAAAGGAAGUCGAUGGGGUGGGGGAUGUUGCAUGAGCAUCCAGGCGUUCCACGUAUGCAGUGGCCGAGGUUCUCCGAUCAGUCGAUUACAGGUGGGAGAGUUUAUAUGGGCGUUGUGGGGGACGAUGCUAGAGCGACGAUGCAAAGUUCGAAUAUGGACGUCAACAUUCGCGGGGAGGCGGAGACACAAAGAGGGGGCUUUGGCGGGGGAAGUGCCCCCCGCACUGUCGCAUCGCCCGAUCGCAUUGAUUUCUCAAUGCUGGCAAUGGAAGAUGGGGACUGUCGGCGGCCCUCCCCCAACGCAGGAGCGCACGACGUGUGGAAUGGUCCUGUGGAGGACAUUGCCGGGACGCAGACAACGACGGAUGGUGAUGGACAGUCCGUGCAGGGGAUAGCGACUGCAGGUACGGGGGAGACAUGAGAAGGUGGAUUCCCUUCGCCAUGAAACCCAUUUCUUCCCCUGCGAAAAUUCCUCUCGAGAAAGUCCCGAAUAUGGUUGGAGACUUCGCACUCAUGCAUUGCUGAAUAAUAGAGAACGCGCACGAGCUCGCAAGAAAGAGAGGGGUUUUAUUUGAGUGUGUGCACACAAUGGUUGCGGAGCGGAGGCGAAUGCGCGACGAUGUUGAUGACAUGAACUUAAGGGAGGUCGUCACCGCAUCCGAGUCCAAGCUGACGAAUGUCGAGCGCCUUGUUGCAGAGCUGCAAGACGAG